AUGUCUCUUGGCGUCAAGGUCUGCGGUUGCGCUGGCUGCGAUCGACCUAUCCACCAGCUCUCGGUGCCCUGCCUGGAUUGUAUCGACACUCCAGACGAAAUCUUCGAUCGACGCUCGAACUUUGCCUACUGCUCGAUCCAAAACCUCUUUGAUGACCAGAUCAUACACAAGCCAAUGUGCAAUAAGACCAGGCUCUGGAGGACCCUGAUUCGAGUCGGUGCCAUCUGCAAUAUGUUCUUCAUGUGUCGCGAGAUGAUCUUGAGCUACAUCCUGAUCGUCUCCACGUAUACCGACAGCGGCAGCGAUGAGGCGCUGACCCUCGACCCCGGCUCGAUGCAGUACGGCCAUGUCGUAAAGACCCACAGGCAUGCCGAUUACGUGUCGAAGUACGAGAGAGAAGGACAUGAGGAUUACCAUGGGUUUGGCUCCGUAUACAGAGAAGUGCUGGACAGUGCAGCUGCUGGCGAUCUAGAUUGCGUUUCGCUGACUGUUCGACAGCUGAACGAGGCUGUAUGGAAGGCGACGAUGAGCCUCGGCGGACGUGGCAGACUUUAUGACAUGAGCCAUCAUGACUUUGUCAGAGAAAAGGACAUGAUCGGUCGCAGAGUCCGGGAUGCGCUGGCGAGGUUUCGGGUCGACGUAAAUCAACUGUUGAUCGACGCAUUGGUGGCUGAGGAGGAUGCUCCAGGUCACAUCGCCAUGACGAAGGUGAUGGAGAACUACCUGUCGGAGAUAACAUAG